UUCCAAUUUUAUCCUCAACUAAUUGCACAAAAUUACAACUUUAACAUCCCUCAAUAAAAAGUAAGGCCAUUUCCUCGACUGUCGCCACUCUAAAAGUCAGUUCGGUUCUUACGCUUAAAAACUUUCCUCAAAAGAAAUGGAGAAACCCGUCGUCGAACAGUGGAGGCCGGAACAGGAACCAUCACCGUUCAGGCCUCCAGAGAUGCCUCAUGAACCAAUGGAGUUCUUGUCACGAUCAUGGAGUGUAUCAGCUUUUGAGGUUUCAAGAGCUUUAGCUUCUCCAUCUUCCCAAGCUGCUGCUUCACAUCAAAUGUAUUUAAAAGGUUCUUCGAGUGGUAACGUUGUUAUACAAGAAGACAUAGCGGGUGAGCUUGAAGAUAGUGGCAUAGUUUCAGGCAACCCUUUCUCUUUUGCUUCUUCUGAAACUUCCCAGAUGGUCUUGGAAAGAAUCAUGUCACAGUCGCAAGAAGUAUCUCCAAGAACUUCAGGGAGACUAUCUCAUAGCAGUGGACCAUUAACAGGAGCCCAAAGCUGUGGUUCCUUAACAGAUAGUCCUCCAGUUUCACCUUCAGAGAUUGAUGAUGUUAAGCAAUUUGGCGGCGCCAGUAAUUCCCCUAACACUCAGUUCCGUACAACAGCGGCAGUUGCGACGGCUAUCCCUGCUACAACUGCCGUGACAGGCGGUGGAAAGACGGUGGGACGAUGGCUGAAGGAUAGGAGGGAGAAGAAAAAGGAAGAAACACGGGCUCAUAAUGCUCAGAUACAUGCUGCUAUUUCUGUUGCCAGGAUUGCAGCAGCUGUGGCAGCUAUCGCGGCAGCCACUGCUACCUCCUCCAGUGCUGGGAAGGAUGAGCAGAUGGCAAAGACGGAUAUGGCAGUGGCAUCAGCUGCCACCCUUGUUGCUGCACAAUGUGUGGAGGCGGCAGAAGCCAUGGGGGCUGAGCGAGAUCAUUUGGCCUCUCUGAUCAGCUCUGCAGUCAAUGUCCGGUCUGCUGGAGAUAUCAUGACCUUAACCGCUGGGGCAGCAACAGCAUUAAGAGGAGCGGCCACCCUGAAGGCAAGGGCCCUGAAGGAGGUAUGGAACAUAGCAGCUGUUAUUCCUGUGGAUAAAAGUGCUGGCAAUGGGAGCAAUGGCAACUCUAAUGGCAGCUUUAGUGGGGAGCUUGUUCCUGAAGGGAAUUUCUUGGGAAUUUGCAGUAGGGAAUUGCUCGCUAGAGGUUGUGAGCUUCUCAAGCGCACUCGAAAAGGUGAUCUUCAUUUGAAAAUUGUCUCUGUUUACGUAAACAGAAUGAAUCAGGUUAUGUUGAAGAUGAAGAGUAGACAUGUUGCUGGGACCAUCACAAAAAAGAAAAAGAAUGUGGUCUUGGAGGUGAUUAAAAAUAUGCCAGCCUGGCCCGGCCGCCACUUGCUCGAGGGUGGAGAGAACCGGAGAUACUUUGGAUUGAAGACAGUGAUGCGCGGCGUUGUAGAGUUUGAGUGCAGGAACCAGAGAGACUAUGAUAUUUGGACUCAGGGUGUGUCAAAGCUCCUCUCCAUUGCUGCAGAGAAGAACAACAGAAAUAGAAUUUGAAGCUUUGGUUACAUGGGGGGGGAAUCUGGCAAAAAAGGGUAUAGAUAUAUUGGGGGUAUAGGAUCAAACGUAUCUAUGAAAAUAUUAGAUUUUUGGAUUGAUUUGAUGGGCUGUUAUUUUUUAU